UUUUUUUUUUUUCUUUCUCAAAAGUAAGCUAUUGAAAAGAGAUUUCAAAUAGAUUGAAGGUGAAUAUGACUUCAUAUUUAGAAAAUCCUUUGCCUGCAAUAGCAUCACCAAAUGCAUAAUCAGUCAUAAUCAUAAAUCUGAUGAUUGACCUGGCUCGUCUAAAACCCACUUCGCCAGAUACAGAACCCAAAGUACGCUUCAGCUUGAGGUCACGAACUUGUAGCAGACAUGCCACGCAAAAGAUGCCACCCGACACCCCAGCCUCGCACUACCGCCGCUCCCCGCCGAGGUAGACGUUAACUCCAGAGUCACACGUAAACUCUAAACGGAUCAACACCAUAAACUAUCUUCAACAAGACACAGACAUUUGCUUUGCCAUGCCGACGCUAAGUGAAUCACGGCUGCCUGGCCCUUCAAAGCGGAGGCUCAAGGAUGCCGAGUUCGCCCCCGGACGCUAAGUUAAUUAACUCCCCGCAAGUCGAAGGAUUGCACCCACAAAGCCGCCUCCAACCUGUUGACAACUGGCACUUGGGAGUUGGAACAGGCAACAGCGACACCCACGGGCGACGGAACGACACGACAGACAUGGGUUCAUAAGACCGUCUGUGACUCGACUGGGAGUUAAUAUUUUAAGAACUUUACAUGAACGCCACUCGUGACUGUAUUGCUGCAAACUUGAAUGUCUAACGUCGAAUAUGUUGUUAACUGAACCAGAUGUAAUGUUCUCCACACCACACAACAUUUGAAACAGUCAUUACAGGUAUAAGAGAGGAUGAGCGUGGAACAAUGCAGGCUGAGGGAAUGGUCUCGUUAUCUUAAAUCCAAUAAUUAAUAUUUUAUUCCACUGGUUUUAAACCACAAAAUAAUCCUAAAAUGGAAAAUAACGCAAAAAGGCAGUCCAGCCCCUCGGUGUUCGCGAAGGUGGUAGAAAAGGAGGGAGGUAGACCCCCCCCGCCCCUUUUUGACCCGCUCCGGCCGUAAAAGGGGCCGGAGCUGGGAUCAGGAAAAAAAAAAAAAAGCUUUUGGGAGUUUUGGUGGAGAAGUCUUCCUUUGGUCUCACCCCGACCAACUCGCCGACGACCGGGCCAGGCAGGACGCCCACGUCACCCGAGGUGGAAGGACACAUCGGACGAUCCCCGGCUGCAGCGCUUCCUGCAAGCGCUCCGAGCCACCCUGCUUGGGGGCCCGAACUCAGUCUGAGGGAACGGAGGCGGACACAACGCACCCGCUCCGAACGUCUGGCAAACAGAGACACCCGAGAGACGUCCUGCCUGGGAACUCGUUGGCCUCCUGCUUUUCCUCCUUUUUUCCUUCCUCCCUUCCAUCGAAUCCACCUGUUCCCGAUGCGGACCGGACCGACCGAACACUCGGGAGCCUGACUCGCCUGCCCCAAACGUGUUCCAGACACGGGAUGGUGAUGGCUUCCUCAGCAUGGCGGAGUGCCAGUACAUAAUUAAACAUGAGUUGGAGACCUUACGAGCUCAAGACGAGACUCAUGUUCCAGGAUACACACAAGCUAAGCUGUACCCAGGGAAAUCUAUCAUUCGUAGACUGCUAUCCAAAAGAAUACUGAUCCAAAUGUUUCCCCUGCAUGACAAAGAGGAACUCAAGAGACUUUCUUUUAAGUGGUACAAAAAGGUCAAGACAUCCCUUCAGCCUCUUGAUGACAUCAGACACUACUUUGGAGAGGGUCUGGCUCUCUACUUUGCCUUCCUGGAGUACUUCACGAUGGCCCUGGUGCCCCUGGCCCUUAUCGGGAUGCUCUACUGUCAGUUUGACUGGGAGAAUUAUGACAAAUAUGUUUUCUUUGCUGUUUUCAAUCUUAUCUGGUGCACUGUUAUCCUUGAGUUAUGGAAGCGAUGCAGUGCCUCUCUAGCCUAUCACUGGGGCACACUGAGCAGAAAGAAGGUAUUUGAAGAACCACGGCCUGGUUUCCAUGGCAUUCUUGGGUUUAACCCAGUGACAGGGCGAGAAGAGCCUCUGUACCCCAAGGCCAAGCGGCAGCUCCGGAUCUACCUUGUGUCCCUCCCCUUUGUCCUGCUCUGUCUCUACCUUUCCCUCUAUGUCAUGAUGAUCUACUUUCAGAUGGAAGGAUGGGCUCUGAUGCUCCAUGAUAGGGACCCGACUUUCUGGACCAAAAUACUAUUGUUCAUUCCUGGGAUUAUCUAUGCUGUGGUCAUAGAGGUUAUGAAUCUCAUCUACAGAUAUGUUGCAGAAUUCCUCACAGAGUGGGAAAACCACAGGCUUGAGUCUUCAUAUCAGAAUCACUUGGUCCUCAAAGUAUUAGUUUUCAACUUCUUAAACUGUUUUGCCUCGCUGUUUUACAUUGCCUUCGUUCUGCAAGACCUGGUGCUGCUCAGACAGAAUUUGGCAACCUUGUUGAUCACUAGUCAAAUCCUAAAUCAGUUCAUGGAAGCUUUCCUGCCCUACUGGCUUCAGAGGGGACGCAAUAAGAGGAUGAUGAUGGAGCUCCCUUUGAACGAGCAGGUGCGACUGGAAACUGACAUGAACACUUACCUGGGUACAUUUGACGACUACCUGGAGUUGUUCCUUCUGUUCGGCUACGUCAGCUUGUUCUCAUCGGUUUAUCCUCUGGCUGCCGUCUUUGUGGUUUUGAACAACGUCACAGAGAUUUACUCUGACGCUUUCAAAAUGUGCAACGUGUUUAAACGGCCCUUUUCUGACCCGGCUGCAAACAUAGGGAUCUGGCAGCUUGCCUUUGAAGCUAUGAGCGUCAUCGCUAUUGUGACCAACUGCACACUCAUUAGCAUGUCUCCCCACGUCCGAGCUUACUUCCCCGACUCGGAGAUGCAUCUCAUGCUGUGGACGGUGGCUAUUGAGGGUCGCGGGUGUGCUGGAGCCUAUCCCAGCUGUCUAGAGGCGAGAGGCGAGGCACACCCUGAACUGGUCGCCAGCCAAUCGCAGGGCAUAUAUUCGCACGGACUGCUGGCCUUCAAGUUUGUCCUGGCCUUCCUGGUUCCAGAUGUUCCCAAACAUAUUGCGAUCAAACUGGCUCGUCAGGAUUUUGAAUCAAUGGAGGCACUCAAAAAAAAGAAAAUGCUUCAAGUCCCAUUGCUAAGACCUGCAAGUGAAGAGGAGUGAAGAACAAACACACAAUGAUGACCUCAAAAGACAGCAUUUAUGUCUUGAAUUCAGAUGACAUGAAAAAUGUAUAAAUGAUAACAUGCUGCUGUAUAAAGGAAAUUGCUGUAAUAAAGGCUGAAUAUAUAUAUAUACAUAUGAAUAUAGGUAUUGAAUAUUGAAUAUAUGUUGGGAAAAUGAAACUCAAAACAAAUUGCAUUUUUAUCUCGUGAGCUUACUUUUGAUGAAUCUUUGAAAAAAGAAAAAAAUCCUCGUGCAUGGACAUUUUAUUGUAAUCAUUGCUCAAAACACAGCCUUUCAUAUUCAUGUUAGUGGAAAUAUUAAAAAUGAUUUGGUUGAAUCAAA